AUGGCUCACCCUGGCGGCAACGGAGGGUUUGGCAACGAUGGUCACCAUCUGCAGGAUAUGCCUCCUGGAGCUGGAAAUUACCAUCUGCCACCACACGACGAUGAAGAAGAUGGUAACCAGCCUCUGCUGCACUCAGCCCCUGGACCUUUUGCUUCCCCUUACGACAACCAAACGCUCCGCACUGGCACACCCCCUGUGCGACCAACUUCCACCUACAGUCUCACGGAGUCCUAUGCACCUGGUGCGGGCACUCCUGCGCCAUACAACAGCGAAUACAGCGGAGGCAGCACUGCGUAUAAUGUUGGAAUGGACGCCGAUUCAUAUGGUCGUGCGGGCUCCCCGUAUUCACGAGCAGAUACCGAUUCCACGGAGGCUUGGAAGCAGCGUCAAGCACCUGCGGCUGGAGGAUUGAAGCGAUAUGCCACACGUAAAAUCAAGCUUGGUCAGGGAAGUGUCUUGAGUCUUAACCAUCCAGUUCCUUCUGCUAUCAAAAAUGCUAUUCAGCAGAAAUACCGUGCCGAGGCCGAAGCCACCAGCAGCGAGGAGUUCACCCAUAUGAGAUACACAGCCGCUACUUGCGAUCCAGAUGACUUCACACUGAAGAAUGGUUACAAUCUACGGCCUGCGAUGUAUAAUCGCCAUACCGAGCUUCUUAUUGCCGUUACCUACUACAACGAAGAUAAAACUCUGACCGCCCGUACUCUCCACGGUGUCAUGCAAAACAUCCGCGAUAUCGUAAACCUGAAGAAAUCCGAUUUCUGGAACGUCGGCGGACCCGCUUGGCAAAAGAUUGUCGUGUGCCUUGUUUUCGAUGGUAUCGACCCUUGUGAUAAGAAUACAUUGGAUAUCUUGGCGACUAUUGGAAUCUACCAGGACGGUGUUAUGAAGAAGGAUGUCGAUGGCAAGGAGACAGUAGCCCAUAUCUUCGAGUACACCACUCAAUUGUCGGUCACUGCGAACCAGCAGCUCAUUCGGCCUACCGAUGACAGCUCUGCGACCUUUCCCCCAGUCCAGAUGAUGUUCUGUUUGAAACAAAAGAACACCAAAAAGAUCAAUUCCCACAGAUGGCUUUUCAACGCGUUUGGUCGUUUGUUAAAUCCAGAAGUCUGCAUUCUUCUUGAUGCUGGUACGAAGCCUGGUCCGAAAUCUCUUCUCUCGCUCUGGGAAGGUUUCUACAAUGACAAAGAUCUUGGAGGAGCUUGCGGAGAGAUUCACGCUAUGUUGGGCAAGGGCGGACGAAAGCUGCUGAAUCCAUUGGUUGCAGGCCAGAAUUUCGAGUACAAGAUCAGUAAUAUUCUGGAUAAACCUUUGGAGAGUUCUUUUGGAUAUGUCAGUGUGUUGCCGGGAGCUUUCUCUGCGUAUCGAUUCCGAGCAAUUAUGGGACGACCUCUGGAGCAAUAUUUCCACGGUGAUCACACGCUAUCCAAGAAGCUGGGUAAGAAGGGUAUCGAGGGUAUGAACAUUUUCAAAAAGAACAUGUUCUUGGCCGAGGACAGAAUUCUGUGUUUUGAAUUGGUGGCCAAGGCUGGAUCAAAAUGGCAUUUGACCUACAUCAAGGCUGCAAAGGGUGAAACCGAUGUACCUGAAGGAGCUGCUGAAUUUAUUGGACAACGUCGAAGAUGGCUGAACGGCUCAUUCGCUGCCAGUAUGUACGCCAUUAUGCACUUUGGUCGAAUGUACAAGAGUGGUCACAAUCUUGUCCGAAUGAUCUUCCUCCACAUCCAACUUAUCUACAACGUCUUCAGUGUGUUCCUCUCCUGGUUCAUGUUGGCUUCUUUCUGGUUGACUACCACUGUUAUCAUGGACCUUGUAGGUACUCCGGCGAAAGGCGACAAUCCCAACGAUCCAUCUACCGACAAGCACGGCUGGCCUUUUGGAGACACUGCAACCCCAAUCAUCAACACCAUUCUCAAAUACCUCUACCUCGGAUUCUUAAUCACACAAUUCAUCCUUGCUCUUGGAAAUCGGCCAAAGGGAUCUAAACUCACGUACUUGAUCUCUUUCGUUGUUUUUGGAAUGAUCAACGCAUAUCUCAUCGUCCUCUCCAUGUAUCUGGCUGUCAAUGGUAUUAUGAACACGACUUUCGGCGGCGAUGGUACCGGUGAUUUCUUCAAGAGUUUCUUUGGAAGCGACAACGGAGGUGGUGGUAUUAUUAUUAUUGCUUUGUUGGCUACCUUUGGAUUGUACUUCGUCGCCUCGUUCAUGUACCUCGACCCAUGGCACAUGUUCACCUCUUUCGGCCAAUAUCUUUUGCUCAUGUCCUCUUACAUCAACAUCUUGAUGGUUUACGCAUUCAGUAAUUGGCAUGAUGUUUCUUGGGGUACCAAGGGAUCUGAUAAAGCUGAAGCACUUCCUUCUGCGAAAACAACGAAGGGCGAUGGUAAAAGUGCUGUUAUUGAAGAAAUAGAUCGUCCACAAGAGGAUAUUGACAGUCAGUUUGAGGCUACUGUCAAGCGUGCUUUGAAACCAUUUGUUCCCGAGGUUGAAGAGGAGAGUAAGAGUUUGGAAGAUUCUUACAAGUCUUUCAGAACCAAGCUUUUGAUUUCCUGGAUUUUUUCUAAUGCCUUCCUCGCUGUUGUCAUUACCAGUGAUAGUAUCGACAAGUUUGGAUUUUCUUCAAGCUACGAUGCCGCAGCACGUACACAGAAGUUCUUCACAGCACUCCUUUACGCAACCGCUGUCCUGGCUCUUGUUCGAUUCAUCGGAUAUCUGGCGGGCGACGGUACAUAUAAUGAGAAAAAAAGCGAGUUGUGGUAUUUUGAGUGGAAUCUGAAAAUUUGGGCUACGGCUCUAGAUUAUGAUAUCUCGUUGAUCCUUAAACAGAAGCAGCAGCAAGAAGCAAACGCAGAUGCCGGCGGCGGAGUGCGUAAGAAGAAAGUCACAGCAGCACAACUACGGGUUCAGAAAGAUCUCUCGGACCUCUCCCUCCCCAAACACAUGAACACGCACUUCCCGGACCCCAACGACGUGCUCAACUUCGACGUCAUCAUCGAGCCCGACGAGGGCAUGUACAAAGGUGGCGUCUUCCACUUCAGCUUCGAGAUCUCCCAGGAGUUCCCGCAUCAAGCCCCAAAAGUCCUGUGUAAAGAGAAGAUCUACCAUCCGAAUAUCGAUCUGCAGGGGAAGGUGUGUCUGAAUAUCCUGAGGGAGGAUUGGAAACCCGUGUUGAAUUUGCAGGCGGUUAUUGUGGGGUUGCAGUUUUUGUUCCUCGAGCCCAACGCUUCAGAUCCCCUAAAUAAAGACGCCGCAGAGGAUCUCCGACAGAAUCGCGAGGGCUUCAAGAGGAAUGUCAGACAGAGCAUGGCGGGGGGUUCGGUUAAGGGGGAGUCGUUUGAUAAAGUGCUGAAGGGGGGUCAAUGA